AUGGGCUUCAUUACAUCCAUGGCUCGCUGCGUGCGGGAAAACAAACUCUCGCGCAGAUUAUCAAAUGCAAAGCCACAACGACUGGACGACGACUCGAAUGAUUUGAUCAAAACAACCUCCCAUACUGCCUCCGUUGCCCCCGCCGAGAGCAUUGCAUCCGCAUCUACUAUGGUCCAGAAUUCGUCUCAGGAACCGGUCGUCCCGACUGAGUCCCCAGCUCAUAUGAAGCAGCUAGAUUACUGGGACUUGAAUAUUCGUACGAUGUUUGAUGAGGUGGAUUCGCUCGAUCCUGAAACAAGUCGAGCGAUCAGGGCUUUAUCCAUGCCCGAGUACCCGGUGCUCAGGAUGGAUACUAUUCAAUCACCGUCCGAUACACCGACGAAGAAGCUGGAUGAUGCAAUUGACCCGGGCGAAAGGGAAAGCUCCCAUCGAAGGAAGGAGGGAAAGUCAAGGAAAUCUCGGAUGAGCCAGGAUGAAAAGAGCAGAGGGGAUGACCAAAGCCAAAAAUCUUGGACAGGAUCCAAAAUGAAACGAUCGAUGACCGGUUUACUCAAGAGACGAUCACUCAAAGUUUCACGAACACCUAGUUCGCUCAAGACCUUGCGGAAUCCAAACUCGCCGAAGUGGAUCGAUUCUUCGAGUAUUGUGGAGGAGGACACUUCGGAUGAGAAGGAUGAGAUGAAGUGGAUGGAAGCGAAUGGGUUGGGAAGGUUUGACAAGAAGAGUAAUGGGCUCUGGACUGGGGAGGGAAUGAGAAGACUGUGGUGA